AAAACAUCAACCUCUGAUGCAUCUCUCACUUCUGUGCAUUUUUACUUCGAGACCUUUACACAGUAAACAUCGAUUGAGAAAAAACACAGAAGCCCUUAAAUAUAGUACAAUAGAGGUUCUAACUGAUUUGACCUAUCUGUUCAUUUGUGUGUUCGAAUGGCUUGAAAUAGGUCUGGAAAUACCAAUCAAGUAAAUCGGCAUCGUACUAGCAUUUGUGCCGUUUCCGCAGAUUUCUUCAGUCUUGUGCGAUGAUAUAUUCAACAUGGACAUUGGUCAUUAUUAGUUUAGACACGUGGAUAUGAACACAAUUCUCGUAUAAACCAUUGGCAAUAUGUAAAUCUAAAACAGGAUGGACCGCAUGCGCAGCAUUACUGGUCAUUGCAACUCUUUUAAACGUUCAUUUGUUAACUCCAGAUCAGUUCGCCUCAUUCACAGAAUAUUAGAUUGGCUCUAAUAAGGAACUGAUCCUAGCGAUAAUGUCUACGGUAUACAUUCUCUAAAAAUUCAACCGUGAAUGUUUUCUUCACAUACGACAAGCGUUACCUUAUUGGUAAUAUUCACACCCGAACCAUAAAACAUCAACCGUUCUCACUUUUAUUUUGAGAUCAAGCGCCAGUUAAAAGUCAAACCCUAAUUGAGAAGUACAUGGGAGAACUUAGAGAAGUCUGACGUUGAAGCUGUUUUAGAAAUAACAAUCAAAAUGUUUCUAAAAGUUCGAAAAACUGUUAGCAUAGUUUCUAUGACAAUUAGAGAACAUGUUUACAAAUAAAAUUGCUCUGUACUUAUGCUAAGCUCAAUCAACCAGAUGGUGUUAGGAAAAAACCCUUUUGAUUUUCACCAAAGCUAGAAAACCCUUCGAACCUUUCUACAGAACAUUUUUUAGUUUUUUUGGUCAAAUAGAAAAUCCCUUUUUGAUUUUAAAUCUCCCUUUUUCGGUUUAGGAAAAGUUUUCUAGUGAAUGUUUUGGUAUUAAACUCUUUUGGGUUUAGAACUGUUCGUUCUCAAUCGAUGUUUACUGUGUAAAGGUCUCGAAGUAAAAAUGCACAGAAGUGAGAGAUGCAUCAGAGGUUGAUGUUUUUUACAACAAUUGUGAAUAUCCUCGGUGUAAGAUCGCUUUGCUGUUAGUAACUUUCAGGAUGUAACAAAGAUCAGUUCGAUCCUGUUUGAGGCACAGAGGACUGUUACUAGAUUAUUGUAGAGAAUUCUAUCGCACGAAAUUUUAGUUGUUCUAGUGAACAAACAAAAUAAAUGAAAACUUUGUUACGUGUGGUUCCGAAUGACACCAUUCAAUUACACCUGUUACAUACUCAAGCUGAAAAAUGAGUGUGUUCUUGUAAAAAGCAAGCCAAGGAUUUUUCUUUCGAUAAAUCUAGAAUAACAUAGUCAUCGGUGUGUGAAAAUGCAAUGCUGUCAAAUUAAAGUCUUAAAAUACAGUAUUCAGAGUGAUGCUUUUAGUCAUAUUCUACAUUCAUUUAACAAGCGAAUAGAACAUGUUGUUUCAUCUUUUAACACUGUAAGGACAAGCUGUUUAAAGCGAUAAUUAUCAAUAAUAUUUUUUCUCAUACUAGGACGCUGACUGCUGUAUUUGUUGGAUCAUUAAUCAUUAUACCAACUGAAGAAAAGUAAGAAUGUUCGCUCUUUCGACUCUCUUGUGAUAGUAACCUUUACAUUUUAGUAAAUGUCCAACAAAUGAAGUAAGCUAUCGUAACCAUUGUUAUUACUUAGAUGGUUCGGGUGGUAAAUGUGCUAAAAAUUAUUCACGUGCUGCAGAAUCAAUAUUAGGUGCUGCUGCAAAAUUAUUUGCAGGGAAAAAUUAUAAGCAUACUGUUUCGGAUAAUUGUUGUAUAUGGACAAGUGCGGCAACAGAAAAUUAUGGUAUGAGUCCCAAUGAUUGUAACAGUGAAGGUCCUUUUACUGUUGGACCAGUUAAAGGUGCAGACUUGUGUACAAAUGUUGUUUUACAUAAUCCAAAGCAAUUAACAUUUUGUGGUAGCCAUUAA